ACCGAAUAGUCGUCCUCUGUGGUGUGGAUAUCAUCUCCCUCUCUCGCUCUCUCUGUGGGCGGAGGAGCUCACCAGCUCUUAAACAAUGGCGGUGUGACCCUUGGCUUCCCCACGCUCUUCAACCUCUCUCGAUCUCUCUCCCUCUCCAUUCAUGGAGCUUAGCUUCGUCUCCUCUCGAUCUGUUUCUCCGAUCCCUUCAUCUUCUUCAUCUUCGUCUUCGUCCUCGAGUCUUGGUAUUUGGAUCGGGGAGAAGAGGAAAGGGAUCGGAAAAACUAGGGUGACGUUUAGGAUUAGGUCAUCGGCGGAAAGAAGCGGGGAUAGAAUCGAUGAAGAUGAUCGCCGGCGAGCUGGGUUCGUCGCCGUUGAUGUCCCGACGCCGGCGACCACGACAACGGCUAUCAAUCGGAGCCUCGGCGCUGCGGACACUGAGUUUCCUGUUUGGGAGAAGCUUGGCGCUGUUGUGAGACUGAGCUAUGGGAUCGGUGUGUAUGGGGCGAUGGCGCUCGCCGGGAAGUUCAUCUGCGAGAUGACGGGGAUCGAUUCCACCGGAGGGUUUCAUCCAUCGCUGAAAGCCAUCGUCGAUGGUCUGGGCUACGCUGUGCCACCGAUCAUGGCUCUGCUUUUCAUCUUAGACGAUGAAGUGGUUAAGCAUUCACCGCAUGCUCGUGCCAUUAGAGAUGUGGAAGAUGAGGAGCUUAGGAGCUUUUUCUAUGGCAUGUCUCCUUGGCAGUUCAUACUUAUUGUGAUUGCAAGCUCAGUAGGUGAGGAAUUGUUCUAUCGAGUGGCUGUUCAGGGAGCUUUAGCUGAUAUGUUUCUGAGAGGUGCUGAUCUCAUCAAGGAUGCACGUGGGAUUGCUUCUCUGACUGGGAUGCUACCUCUCUUUGUUCCAUUUGCUCAAGCAUUUGCAGCUGUUAUCACAGCUGCACUUACGGGUUCGCUCUAUUAUGUGGCCACUGCUCCAAAAGAUCCCACCUACGUGGUCGCUCCAGUAUUACGUUCUCGGCCUGGCCGUGAAGAUCUCAAGAAGCUUUUUGCAGCUUGGUACGAGAGAAGGCAAAUGAAGAAGAUAUACUCUCCCCUCUUAGAAGGCUUGUUGGCUUUGUAUCUCGGUUUUGAAUGGAUUCAGACUGAUAAAAAUAUCCUUGCGCCCAUGAUAACACACGGCAUAUACUCAGCUGUGGUCCUUGGCCACGGGCUGUGGAAAAUCCAUGAACACAGGCGUCGGCUACGUCAAAGAAUCCAUCAAGUUAGGGUUGAAGCCAGAAACUCUAAUAAAUUAUAGCCGAGUAUAUAUACGCUGAAUGUAAGCUUGCAUUCCGUUGAGACCAAGUUCUAUAAUACGCGGGAGGGGAUGGGGUUUCAUUUAACGUAGCCCAAAGAUUAAAAAAAAAAAAGGAAUGUAAUUAUCAUUAUAUUAUAUAUAUUGAAAUAAUAUACUGCUAGAGUUGAAAUAUUGGUACUCCCACUAUGUACAUUUGUAUGCAAUGCAUGUAUAUGCCUUAGGGCCCUGGCUUAUACAGCUAGCAAGAAUUUUGUAGUGUGAGGUUUUCUAUGUUUAUGUAUAUUCUACGUUGGUUGAA